AUCGUAUCUCGUUCUUUCGUUUUUCGCCUGCUGCGUGCGAAGGAGAGAGGAAAAAACGGUUCUCAGCAAAGCAACAAGAAGGAAGAGCAAUGGCGACACUGGAUCGCCAAAUACCAAGUCCGGAUUCCUUCCUUUGCAAGCCUUGGUCCUUCUUCGCCAGUGCAGCUAAAUUACGUUUUGUUGACAACGCAGCCUCCCCUUCGGAUAACGCCGACAACGAGCUCCGCUGCCCCGGUGAAGCCGUGAAGCUCGGUAGAGAAGAGAUGCCGGUCUGCAGCCACUUCCCAGUGUUGGAGGAUUUUUGUCUCAUUGUCUGCCAUGUCUGCAGUAAGGUGGUCACUCCUCAGGGCAUCCUCACACAUUACGAAAAGCGACACAGCUCCCCGAUCCCCUCCAGGGGCCCCUUGGUUCCCAUGAAGGCCAAAGCACCUGCAGUUGCCCCUGCUGUGGCUCCCAGCCCCGGAGCCACGCCGCCAUUCAGGGUUCCCAAAGAUUACCCUCACUCCCGCUUCAGCAAGGCACCGCUCGCUGUGUACCCACCAAAGGGGGCACGGAACAAGACCUGCGUAUCACUGCCAGUUGUAAGUCUGGAGAAGAUGCCCUGUCUCAGCCGAACAGACUCAGCUUCUCACGUGCGCCUCACCCCCUCCUCGUCCUCUUCAUCCACCCUUUCCCCAAUCAAAUCCUCUUCCUACAACCCCCUCACCUCCCAGCGCUCAGGCGAGAAACUCGCCAACGGUCGCUGUAGCAGCGGCCCGCCCACACCGCGCUCCAUCACGUCCCCAUCCUCUCUGGAUAGGCGGCCCAGUCCGGCGCGCUCCCCACUGGACAGGCGGGCGUCAUCAACGCCGUCUCCUUCCCUGCUGGACAGGAAGUCCUCUGCAUCGCCUUCACCCUCUCACCGACCUGUUACUCUGGCAGCAUUGGCAUCGCUGUCGCCAAUGGAGAAGAAGCAGCAGAACGGAGCUAAAGCUUCUCCAGCCAGGUCGCACAAGAGACUCUCAGGGAGGGUGUUUGAUCCUGACAAGCACUGCGGGGUACCAGACCCCGAGACCAAGCGAUCCUGCACUCGGUCUCUCACCUGCAAGACUCAUUCUUUAACCCAGCGGCGAGCCGUUCCCGGCCGAUCCAAGCAUUUUGACGUCCUCCUGGCGGAGCACAAGGGGCUGACCAAGAAAAGGGAGGCCUUGAAGAAGGAGAAAGAAAAGGACGGAGCACAGAGAGGGAAGGAGACCAGAAACCAGAAUAUCACAACCUCAGAGACGACGUGCCCCAGCAAGUCCCACUGCCCGAGUGAACGACCACUCUCAUCGCUGAAGCUACGACUUGCUAACUCGUACAUACCAAGGGUUCCAAGUGGAUCCUCCUCCACUUCCAGUUCCAGUCCUCUGCCUCCACCAGCACCUGCCGCCCCAGCACCUCACCCAGAGCCGUCUCCUCACAGCUGGGUGUCAGCAGUGGGAGACGGCAGUCGGCUUUCCAGCGACGAGGGAGAAGCAGAGACCCCAGACGACACAGACAGACCUGCUUUGCACUACUCAAGCCAUCACCCACGGCCUUCAGAGUUUUGCGUUUUCAGCAGCCGGCUCAUGGGACGGGGAUACUAUGUGUUUGACCGGCGAUGGGACAGGAUGAGGCUGGCGCUCCAGAACAUGGUGGAGAAACACCUCAACGCACAGAUGUGGAGGCACGUGCCUCUGGCUGCUGAGAGCCUCCCCUCUCCAUCCUUGUCAGGUACCUCCUCACAGCAGGCUCCGUCUCCCAUCGCCACAAGUUCUCCCACCUUCAGCUCCCCCUCCAACACCUACACCGCCACUUUUUCUCAGUCCGCUUCUGCAGCUGGAGUGUUUAACGUCAGAGAGUCCCCUCAGCACCGCGCCCCGUCUCUCUCGUCGGGGAAAGCCCGUAACGCCUCACAUAAAGCCGGUCGCCUGUCCAAAGACUUGGAGGGCCCCAUCAUAGGGCUGAAUAGGAGGAAAAACUCCUCCCACUCCUCCACCUCCUCCUCGCCUUCUUCCUUGUUUCAGACUGUGGAUGAUCACAAGAGGAACGGUAGCAGCUUCCAUCCACCCUUACAAGGCUUGGGGGUGGCGGCUGCCUCCCCAGCCAGGAAAAAGGGACCUGGUCACGGGGACAGUGGACUUUUGAGCUUCUCUGAAGACUGGCUGUCCAGAGUGGAUGGGUCUCAAACCCACAACUCACAGAACUGUCGUGAGCUUGGCACAAGCAGCAUCCCUAACACGUCUAGAGAACCCACGUCUGCCCCACAUCAGCACGUGGCACCCCCCACAGGACCCUUAGCUUAUGGGGGAGGAGCCGAGGGGAGGAAGAGGAGGAGUCCCAGCUCUUAUAAAGGGAAGGCCAGUAAGCUGAGCAGGCCAGGCGGGUUGGAGAGCCUCUUUGGGAAAGGGGACGACAGCAGAGGGAGCCAGGCUUCUGAGCCCGAGUCCCCGAGACAGGCCAAGUUGCACCACUGACAGGAAGCAGUUCCACAGACAGAAUGUUGGGCAGCUGUGCAGACCUCCACCGUUUGUGACCUUUGACCUCACCACUCUUCCAGCGAUGGCACCGACCAGACUGCUCAAUCUCGCUGGCGUUGCCCACCCCCACCCCGUUUAUCCAACGACACUUGAGGUGACCCAGUCAGACGUUGGGACUCUGAAGUGUUUUUACCCACGGUCAGCUGUCCCUCGAUAGAAAGCUGCUCUGUCUCGCUGUGGUCUCCUUUGUAGGACACGUUUUUUAUAUUCUCUGAAAAGGGAACUUGCCCCAAGUGUACCGGGCAUCGUUGAUAACACCGCCACUGUAGAUUUGUUAGUUUCUAAUCUUUUGGCAAAGAAAAGACACCCAGAUGGAUAAAGGACUACUGUGGGACUUAAGCUAUGCCACUUCAAACCCCCCCCAUCCCAUUUAUCCUUUUCAUUUUGGUCAAAAAGAGGAGCGAUAACGGCAAGUUUGGCUGGGUUUUAUCCAGUCCUCUCCCCCUUUUAGCCUCUUUCUCUCUCUAACAAACCGCUUUGUUUGUUUAUCGUCUCCCUUUCGGUCCCAGCAUGCCUGUGUUCAAAGUGCACUUACUGUCCUCGGUUCUCCUCGCUUCCUCCUUGGCCGACCACAACGGUUCCACACGCAAAAGACACGAACGAUCGCACAAGGGAAGGAGAAAGUGUUACCAAUGAUGCCACGUCUGUAUUUCAACAUAGAAUGAAGUUUGACUUUAUUUGGAUCGUUUUUCUGGACAAGCAUCCAAAAUGGAGUUAUUACUAUGGUGUGGAUUGGUUUUUUUUUCCUUGUUUGUAUAAUUUAUCAUUCUUAAACAUGUUUAUCUAAGUAAGCUUUGAGUUUUGAACUACAGAGACUUUUUCAGGAAAGAAAAGAGAUUUUUUAUGGCAUUUUGAAGAAAUGUUGCAAGUAUUAUUGUUCCUAUUUGUACAUAUCUGUUGUUAUUUUUGUAUUUAUUAAUGAUUCUCCCCUUUUACUAAAUAGGAAGUCAAAGUGGGACUUUUAUCCCACCUACGCUGGACUGUGCUUAACAAUAAUGAUCAGAUCGGCCUGGUUUCUCAAAACAAAUAAAUAUAUAUAGAUUAGUAGCAGCAUAUUGGUGAUUACCAGCCAAGAAAAGCUGCUUGUGAACUUGGUGAACUGUUGCUGUUGAUGAGCUUUUUUUUUUUUUUUACUUACCAGCUACCGACAAUAAGCCCUAGUUUAACGAUCAUUUACCAUUUCUGUUCAUUAUGUAAUCCUGUCUGCGAACAGACAUUUGAUCAACCUAAACAGCUCAAGUUUUUAGAUUAUGUUGGAACUUUUUGUCGUAUAAAUUAAAUUUGGUCCCAUAUUUACUUAAGUUUCAGUUGGAUUUCCGUAGAGAUCGACUCUUGUGUCAGGAGCUGAUCACGCUCACCUCCCGCCUUUCCCAGCCUGCUGCAGAGAUAAUGGACCAGUGUGUAAUGGGUUCUUAAUAUCCAAAGUAGUAGAUUUACUACGUAAUGUUUUGUGAAACCAGGCCUAAUUGUAUUUUCGUAUAAAAGGGCCCAACUCUUGUUUUCUCGCUGUUCUACUUGUUUCUACAUUUUUUUUUCUAAAGUUGGAACCUAAAGUUUCACAGUUUUUAUGUCUAUUUCAACUUCCAAGGCCGAUGGGUCUCGUCUCGGUGUGAUCAUGUAGGUUGUGGUGAUCUGUCAAGUCAAAAGUGGGUCAAAACGAUUUCACCUACUUAACCCCCAGGUACCGUUUCACCCCCUGCUCAGUGGAACUGCAGCAUGGUCGUUCCUCUAGAGGCUUCGAGUUGGAAACUGUUGAGUUAAUAUACAGUACUUGAGUUUUAAAGGGAAUUUCAAUGGCUGCUGUUCAUUGGUUUACUAUACUGGGUCACACGUUGGGCUAAAGGUCAAAAGUGAAGCUCCUCAGUUGGUGUUCUGUGCCCCGCCCACCUCGUGUUCAGUCACUGAUAAAUGGAAGAGUAACUGAUAGCAUGUUGCCUCUGUGGUGCUCUGACCCGGUACAACAGCUUCAGCGACAACUAACUCUGUGUUCAGACACUAAAGAUAAAGUUGUAACAGAUCAGAGGAUACACUAAAUAGUUUGGGCCACUGCCUCACAUGUCUUAUAGUUGAUAUAUUUUAUAAGUUAGUUUCUUGCAGCUGAAUUUAAUAUAAAAUUGAAUUUUAAGAUAAAAUUUGUUACUUUUUUGAACAACUCCCUUUCGUUUUCUUGUCUUUGCACUUUGUCUUGUUGUUAAAUAAACUUUGGUUACUUCAUAGGAUUAAAUAAAUCUAUAUUUAAGUAUACAGGGUGUCCGCGGGGUUUUAAAAAGUAUUAAAAAGUGAUAAAUAAAAAUAGUCAAAUUUAAGGCCAUUAAAAGCAUUAAAUUUGGUCUCAGAGGUAUUAUUUUUUCCAAAUUAGGUAUUAUUUUUUUCAGACUAUCAGGUGUCGUAUUAUGAACAUCAACAUAGAAAUAUAUUCCGAAUGAAAUGUUUUGAACGAUUAUAAAAACAAAACAAGCCGAUUAUUUGCUCCUCCCGCUUGCGCUGCCCUGAGUUGCAAAUGAAGCGCUCCUCCCACAGUGUUGCCAACUUAGCGACUUUGACGCUAUUUCUAACAGCUUCUCAGACCCCCUUCUUGACUUUUUAAAUCUUAAAAGUACCUGGCGAACACCUCAGAAACAUCUCUGGUAACCCUUAGCUACUUUCUGGAUAACUGUAGUUGACAUUUCCUGCAGGUUAGCUAAACACUCCGUCUGCGCUCCGGACCGUUCUUCUGGACAUUAGGAAAGGGAAUGAUGUAGUGAUGUGUCGGUCGCUACAGAAACAGCUCUCAGAGCCGGCUCCCUGUUGGAUUAACCAGAGUGAGUGACACACACCGCACCUGCGGGCUCCUGAGCCGCUAAAAACGGCUAAAUGUGCGCGUGCUAAACACACGUGCAGCUUGCCCCGAUUGCUGUGAGACCGGGUUGGGGGUGGGGGGUGCAGCUGUGGUUGAGACAAUUAUUACAUUAACUGAUGGACUUGUAAAUAAAUAGUUUAUAAAUAAGGUAGAAAUAAGUUCCUCACGCUGAUAACUAAUCUCUCUGAGGACACAGUGUUAGUGUACCCUCCUACAGCACCUUGACACGACUAAAUAAAUGUUAUGCAACAUUUUGUGAACAUCAAUUUAUUUGCAUUUAUUUGUUAUAAAUGCCACUGUAUAAUUCUUGUUGUCAGUAUUUGCAAGAUAUUGGUAUUUGGGUCUGUACUGGUUAGACUUAAAUGAGUUAAACCAAGGUCUAUAGCCCUUGGGUCAUAAACUAUGAGCUAUAAGUAUAUUGGUCUUUUUAUACUGGGAAUCAGGAGUUAUUUUAGUGAUCAUCUUGUUUCUUGUUUAUUUUUGCCCUGAUUGUGCCCUGAGUAGGGCUGGGGGUAAACAAGUAUUUUUAAAAUGAUUAUUCUGACGAUUAUUUUAUCGAAUAGUCGACUAUUCUAAUGACUAUUUAGAUGAUUAAUCUAGCGAAUAUUUUUCUAUUGCACAAUUAAUAAAAACCAAAAAAUCUCAAAUAAAUUCUUCCAAAAAAUGGAUAAAUUGUUACUGUAAGAGAAUAAACACUACAGGCCUUCCAUUUUGUAUAACACUGCUUUUAUUGUGUUGUGGUUGGUUUUGUUCUGGUGACGUGUAGAACUUGGGAGUGCAGGCUGCUGCCUGAGAGGUGGUUGGAGACGGAGUGUCUCCAUGCUGCUUUGAUUUGGUCACUUAUGAGCGUGAGGCGAGUGGUGUUACGAUCCUUCCUGGGGAGUUUGGCUUGUGUGCAAAAAGGAAGGGACAAUAACGGGAUUUAAAAGUUAAAAUGAUGAUCAGGUUUAUUUACAACUACAAAAAAACAUAAAUAUUUCCAUCCACAGGUUGGGAAUAAUAAAACUAAUUCUGUCUGUGGGGAAUUAAAACAAAAGUACAAAUAACCUGGGAUGUCCCACUGGGCAACGAUUACAGGGUUCUGGACCAAAAUAAGGAUCUCCAAAGGUCCAAACUCUAAACCAAACUCGAGGUGAUAUUUUAAACUAAACCGAAAACCCACAACACUCUAAAUGUAAUAAAAGGGAGAUCUGCACCACAAAAAAGAUGAACUCUAAACCAAAACGUAACCGCUUAUCCAAACGCAAGAAGCUGUUAGCGAAAAUGCUAACAGUAGCUUUACCAACGUUAAAUUCAAGUUACCACGUUUAAAUAAACCAAAAAUACCCAGCAGCAAACAGACCAGCAUGGAGGAGAGACUGCUACCACCAAAACAGCUCUCCUAAUGUCUGAAAGAAGCUCCUUUAUGAAGGGAGAAGCGCUCCCGGUGAUAUUCUACAUCUGCGGUAGAGACGGAGCUGCGCAUCUGACCCCGGAAGUUGUUGUCCGUUGCCGGGAGACGAAGGCGGGCAAAACAGGAAAAUAAUCUAGUAGUGGACGGACGUUGUUCCGGGUCUUCGGUAUUUGGCGGAGAUGUUAGUGAAGGCGGAGAAGAGGGCGAACUAGAGGAAAAACAGGCAGAUUCCUCCUCCAUUUACAAACUCCUGGGGAUGCAACAAGUGGGCGCGGUGCGCUGACUAACGGAUCUGACGUCGACGAAUUUUUAGAAUCGAGCCGUCGACGUCAUCGAUGCGUCGCCACAGCUCUAGCCCUGAGCAAUUUUAUGACUGAAUAAAAAAAUAAAAUAAAAUAUCUACAUUAAUUGAAAAAUCAUCUUAAAUAAUCGAGAUCUCAAUUUCAGUCACAAUAAUCGUGAUUAUUGUUUUUACCUUAAUCGAGCAGCCCUACUUUAGCAUAUCCGUCACAUAAUGAUGACGUCAUAUUCAGUGGUCGUUCUGCAUCAUUUCAGGCCUCGUGGUCAACUGUCUGAACCGCUGAACAGAAGUGCCUGGCUUAUUUUCUAAGUAAAAUAAAUAUGUGCAAUACGUUGUCAACAUCAGUGAGUCUCUAAGUCUAUUCUUUUUGUAUGUUAUAUAUGUUAAAAUAUGUGUAAAUAGGUCGCUGAUUAACACUUGCAAUUUAGUGUUGUGAUGGUUUUAAAAAUAUUCUGAAGGUAGUAAAAAAAGGUAUUAAAAAGUAGUAAAUUUUACUUAGGGAUUGCUGUAUAUACCCUGGUAUAUUUCUGCUCAUCCUGCCCCUAAACCAGCAUGUUUAGUUUUCUGACACACACACAAAGGAAUGACAUAAUGUUGAAUAUGUGAACAGAUGCAUUGUAUGAAUUUGCUGGUUUAUUCCCCUUAAAAACAAAGUUAUACAUGCUGUAAAAAUGGUCUUAUUAGUUUUUAUUAAAAGGUUGAAAGUGA